CCGGCCGGAAAGGUCCAAUUUCUGGGGAAAGCCAGUCAGUCCAUCUGUGGCUCAAGAUGGUGCUUUGUCGGCGAGUAGCAGGGAGUUUGGUGCUGGCCGUGGCCUUGGUGCAGUGGCGAUCUGGCAACGCCUUCCAGGCUCAGAGAGAGCCACGUUUGGACUCUUCCUUGCCUCUGGGACCCGGUCAUUCUUCUCCCUCUGAUGAAGAUAAAUCAGCCGCUGACCUGGCCGCCAAGCUCCUGCUCUUGGAUGAACUGGUGUCCCUCGAAAAUGAUGUCAUUGAGACCAAGAAGAAGAGGAGCUUCUCAGGGUUCGGUUCCCCUCUUGACCGGCUAUCCAUGGGGUCAAUGGACCUGAAGACGAAGCAGAAGAAAGUUGUGGAAGUCCCCAAGAGGAGGUUCGGGAUCCCGCUGGACCGGAUCGGAGCAAACCGACUGAAUAACUCCAAAGGUCUGCUUUCCCUUUCCGAAGCCGCGUCCAGAACCUCUGGCCUUGCAGGAGAUGCCCCAAGGAGCCCUGGCCUGGUGUCCUUAAGCAAGAAAUCCAAGAACUGCACCUCUCCUCUUUCGGCCUCGAACAAACUAUAGCACUUCCGUCCACUGGAUCAGAACUUCCUCUUCCUGGCACUCUGUCCUGUGGCUAAAAAGGAAGGGAAAGGCUGUUUUCGAUGUAUGUAUGUUUGUGUGUAUAUAAUAAUUCCAUAGCACUGGUAGGGGAAAAGGGUUUUAGGAGGUUGCUCAGCUGAGAGAGCAAGGCAGUUAUUCACUUUGGGCAUAGUCUGAGUUCUGUAAGAAUACUUUUUUUGCAAAUUUGUCAUUCUUUUCAUGUUGACAGAGUCAUUUAUCAUUGUCGUGUAACCCUCUUUUUGAGUUCCUCGUGCCAAUUUUGCAUUCUGCAACUCUUUGUUGUUUGGAGUUCUUCUUCCACAAAUCUGGGUCCUUUGGAGCUGGUUUCCUACCAGAAUGAUUCUUCUGGGUGCUAAUUGCAAUUCGUAGGCACAUAUGGAAAGUUCAUGGAAUUGUUGGUGGAGGUCCCCAAAGGCCAUCCAGUCUGACCCCCUCUGCCAAGCAAGAAGACACAGUCAUGCAAGGCCCAUCACACAAACUUUAGAAACAUAGAGUUGGAAGGGAUCCCAAAGGCAAUCUAGUCCAAACACAUCCUUCCUGCCAGUUAGGAAGACACAACCAAAGCCUUCCCAACAGAGGGCCAUUCUGCCUCUAUUUAUAGAGCUCUAAAGAUGGGGAUUCCACCACCACUCAUUGUCAGAAAUGGCCUUUAAAAAGGGAUUUCUCAUGGCCAACAGUGCUGACAGGCUGUGUUGACCCUUUCUUCCCAAAGUGAAUUCCCACUUUUGGGGUAUAUUUGCAUUCCAAGGUUACAAUGUCUUAA